AUGGCGGCGACGGUCACGGCUUUCGUGACGGAUACAGUCACAAAGACUGUGGCGAUGUCUGCUACGUCGGCAGCUUCGACGGCUAGAGCAAAGGCUCAAGGUGGAAUUUUGGAAGGCGAGAACCCGACACAUUACAGUCCCAAGGAUCCUAUCAUCAUAUUCAUUAUACAGGCUGGUGUUAUUAUCCUCUUCUGUCGUUUACUCCACUGGCCUCUGUCAAAGAUCCGACAGCCUCGUGUCAUCGCAGAAGUCAUCGGUGGUGUCUUGCUCGGUCCCUCGGUCAUGGGUAGAAUCCCUGGCUUUACGGCUACAAUCUUUCCGGCGGCCGCACAGCCAAAUCUUGCUCUGGUUGCCAACAUCGGUCUGGUCCUCUUUCUGUUCAUAGUAGGUUUGGAAGUCGACUUGCGAUACCUGGCCAGCAACUGGAAGAUUGCAUUGAGUGUUGGUCUCGCUGGUAUGGCACUCCCCUUUGGUCUUGGAUGUGGUAUUGCUUAUGGACUGUACAACCAAUUCUCGGAUGAAGAUGGAACUGAGCCAGUUGCCUUCGGCACAUUUAUGCUAUUCGUCGGUGUGGCCAUGGCUAUCACUGCUUUCCCAGUGUUGUGCCGUAUUCUCACCGAACUGAAACUCUUGUCGACGUCUGUUGGUGUUAUUGUGCUAUCGGCUGGAGCUGGCAACGACGUUACUGGGUGGGUUCUUCUUGCUCUCUGUGUGGCUUUGGUCAACUCUGGCAGUGGUAUCAGUGCUCUAUAUGUCUUGCUGACGGCUCUGGGAUAUACACUAUUCCUAUUCUUCGCUGUCAAGCCGGCUUUUACCUGGGUUCUUAGACGUACUCGUACGUUUGAGAAUGGGCCAUCUCAAGGUAUCAUCGUCUUGACUCUUUUGAUCGCGCUGGCGUCUUCCUUCUUCACUGGAGUCAUUGGUAUUCAUCCUAUCUUUGGUGCUUUCAUGGCAGGUUUGAUCUGCCCUCACGAGGGUGGUUUCGCAAUCAAGGUCACAGAGAAGAUUGAGGAUUUGAUCAGUGCUCUGUUCUUACCGCUUUACUUCGCCCUGUCUGGACUGUCUACCAAUCUUGGUCUUCUGGAUACCGCAAUCACUUGGGGAUAUGUGGUCGGUGUGUUGGCUGUCGCAUUCGUCGGCAAGUUUGUAGGAGCCUCUUUGGCUGCCCGUGCCAAUGGUGUUGUCUGGAGAGAGAGCUUCACGAUCGGCGCUCUGAUGAGUUGCAAAGGUCUUGUCGAGCUGAUCGUUCUCAAUAUUGGUCUGCAGGCCAAGAUUUUAUCUCAGAGAACAUUCACCAUCUUCGUGGUCAUGGCUUUGAUCACCACUUUCAUCACUACACCAUUGACCAUGGCUCUGUACCCACCUUGGUACCAGAAGAAGCUUGAAGCUUGGAAGAAGGGCCUCAUUGAUUGGGACACUGGUAACCCAAUCAACCCUGGCGAUGAUGCUUCGUCCAUUGUUGCAGCCAAACUGGAGACUAGCAAGAUCAAGUCGCUUCUUGUUCAUCUGAGAUUGGAUAAUAUGCCUACUCUGAUGACUUUUGUCUCACUCUUGGCUGCUCCCAGCAAAUAUGGAGACGCAACCGCAAGACAGCAUCCCAUGUUAGCCGGCAAGAGUGCCAGCGUAGACGAGUCUAUCAAGACGCCCAACCGACCUCUGGAAGUCCACGGUGUCAGGAUGAUCGAACUUACAGACAGAGACUCAUCCGUCAUGAGUGUCUCGGACGUCGAGGAGUUCCACUGGAAGGAUCCCAUCAUCAACACAUUCCGCAACUUUGGCAGACUGUACAACCUCUCAGUCUCGGGAGAGGUCGCCAUUGCACUCGAAUCUUCCUUUGCCGAGAUCAUCACACACAAGGCAGCAAACGAGAAUGCAGACCUUCUCGUUCUUCCUUGGAGCGAGAGUGGAAGCAUGAACGAACAACAAUCCUACAACGGCAACCCUGUCACACCUCGACGACUCGAAGACACAAGCUACGUCAGUUUCGUGGCAGCCGCACUAAAGGCAUCGACUUGCAACACAGCAGUGUUUGUCAACCGCGGCUUCGGCGGCAGCGCAGUGGCACGUCGUCCGUUACCUCUGUCUCGUCAAGCGAGCAAGAUUAGUUUGUCGAAUAACGAGCGGGGACCUGCAUCUUCACCCAUCAUGGACAAGUCGCACCAUAUCUACAUGCCCUACUUUGGUGGUGCGGAUGGCCGCGUGGCGCUGCGUCUUGUGUUGCAGUUGGCAGAGAACCCUGAUGUAACCGCCACGGUUGUCUUUUUCGACAAACUUGACGGAGGCAAUAACUCGCUAGAGACCGAGGAAACACAUGGUUCGCCUGUGGAAAGCACAAGUCUGGGCUCAUCAACAUCGAGAGAAGGCAAAUCCCACGCCGUCGCACAAAUCGAAGACAGCGAUGAAACCUUCUUCGCCAUGAUCCAAAGAUCUCUACCUGUAGAGUUGUCUUCAAGAGUAGUCAUGGAACACAUCUCGUCGCACUCACCCCUGGAAGAAGCUAUCUCUCGGGCGCAGGUCGAAGUCGCGCAAAACCCAAAGAACGCAGGCGACUUGAUUGUUGUCGGCCGAUGGGACUUGUCCAACGAGUCGGGCAAGGCGUGCUUGGGUCUUGUUGCUCAACGAUUCGUUGAUGGUGGAUUGAGAGCAAGCAUCUUGGUUAUGCAAGCGAGACCGUCGCAGGGGUCUUCUGAUAGCCUGUGA